CGUAUGGCACAGCAACAGUUGCUGAAUCAGUACUCCCAGCAGCAACAAACGUUGGGAUCCACCAACUUGGACGCUGGGUACAAUGCUCAAUAUCAACUUGAGCAGCUGCGUGAGCUACAGUUGCGUGGGCAACAGCAGAAGCUAAACCGUGGAGGGCUUGGCACAGAAAAUAGUCAGAUAAAUCUAGGCGAUAUAGUUUCGCAUAAUCGUCAACGGCUGUUUGAAAAGGGUCAAGACGAUUCUGUGUUUUUGAAUGAUGCUGAUAUGGCUUCACAACAACAAAUGUCGCAUUUUUUCAAGGACCUCCCGCAGGCCGGUCGGGAGGAAUUGAUCAAUGGGAGCCUGUCUCAACAGCAGCAGCAAUCCAUGAAGAACGGAAACUUGGAUAUCAUGACCAAAGUUUCACUGGCCCGCCAACAACAGCAAAUGCUUCAGCAGCAACAACUACUUCAGCAAAAUCCUCUUGGAUCAGCUCGUCUGCAGUCGUUUGGAAAGUUUUAGAUGAAUCAGUUACCCUGCCAUCUGCUACGACUGCAAUACUUUGCCAGACUAGCCGACCAUCUACUGAUUUUAUAACCGACUCAUCUAAACCCACUUUACUUUUUGAUACUUUUGCACAAACAUCUAGUCAAACUACUACUGACUCUUCACUCGUGCCAUUAUUUUCCAACCCUCUUAUUUCCACGACAUCUUACAAUCCCGACUGUCGUGCCAACUCUUUUCAAACACCAUUUUUCUCAUCGUCAUUAAACCGUACUGAAAACUCUUC